AUGCAGCAGAUGGAGAGGGAGACUAUAGAUCAAUUUGUGUGCCAUCUGCGCCAUAAGGCUAUAUCCUGUGAAUUUCCAAGCGUGGAUGAAGCCAUCCCAAAUCAGAUCAUCGAAAAAAGCAUAGAUCCAAAACUUCGUCGAAAACUUCUCGAGAAAUCAAGUGAAGCAACCUUGACUGUGCUGCAAGAAACUGCAAGAGUCCAUGAAGCUGUUAACACUCAAAUGCAGUCUAUGGAAAGACCUGAGCAGGUGAACAAAGGGGACAAAAGGAAAGAAACCUGGAAAAGAAAGGAAAUGCUACCGGUGUGGUGGAACUGGUCAUCUUGCACAGGACAAGAGCUGUCCAGC